CACUAACCUCUUCCUUACAGUCACCUCCUUCUCGAACACCACCACCACCUCCUCCUCCUCAUUCCCUCCGGCCACCAUGCUGCUUUCCGCGGCCGCCUUAUCUCUUUCUCUUCUUUUCUCUCUCUCCUCUGGCGUCUCCGCUUCACCAGAGGAGCUCGUUCUCGGCCAGUCCCAGCCCUCCGCUCUCCCGCCUAUCAAGACCCCGGACCUGCGCGACAUCGAAUGGGGCCAGAUCAACUUCAUCUCCACCACCGACACUCACGGCUGGCUCGCAGGCCAUCUUCUGCAAGCUAGCUUUGCUGCUGACUGGGGUGAUUAUGCCUCAUUCAUUGAGCACGCCCGCGAAAUAGCCGAUGAGAAGGGCGUUGACCUCAUCGUUGUCGACGAUGGCGACCAGCACGACGGCAACGGCCUUUCUGACGCGACCCCCGUCAACGGCGAGGUCAGUCAACAAAUUCUUAUGAUGGCGCCUAUCGAUCUCAUGAGUAUCGGCAAUCACGAGCUCUACAAGUGCGAGGUCACCCAGCAGACGUAUGACCUUCUCGCCCCUCACUUCGACGGCCGCUAUCUCACCUCGAACGUUGAGAUCCAGCUCCAGAACGGCUCGUGGGUGCACAUCGGCCAGCGUUCUUACAGAUUUACUACAAAGAACCAGGGCAUCAACAUCAUGUCUUUCGGCUUCCUCUUCGACUUCAAACUCAACUGCGACAACUCUCGCGUUUCCGACGUCGAACAGGUCGUUCAGCAGGCUUGGUUCCAGGCCGCCAUCCGGGAACCUGGUAUCGACAUGUUUGUUGUCUUUGGCCAUUUCCCCAUCCGUUUCUGGCCCGAAAUGUGGGCUAUUCACCGCGCCAUUCGCGCUGUGCACAAGAGCAUUCCCAUCCAGUACUUUGGCGGUCACUCUCACGUUCGCGACUUCACUGUCCUCGACAGCCGCGCAACCGCCCUCCAGGCCGGCCGCUUUUUGGAGACUGUAGGCUGGGUCAGCAUCGAUGGAAUCGAACCUGGCGCGUCCGAGGAUUCGCCCGACUACGCCAAACCUCUCAAGUACAACAGACGCUACCUCGAUUUCAACCCACACUCGCUCAGCUACCACGUCAACAAGACUAUUGGCGAGAACGGCACCUUCGGCACCCCGCUCGGCAAGAAAAUUUCAAAGAUCAUUGACGACUAUCGUGUCGAGCUCAAUCUCACCUACCCCUUUGGUUGUGUGCCAAGAGACUAUCUGCUUGAAAAAGCGAAAUACCCCGGCCCUAACAGUCUACUCUCUCUUCUCGAGGAGAACGUGCUCAUGAAUCUUGCCGGCGAGGACGAAGUACGCAACGAGCAACCCCGUCUUAUCUUCAUCAACUCUGGAUCUCUUCGGUACGACAUGUACUCCGGUAUCUUCACAAUCGAUUCCGGAUACAUUGUAUCUCCCUUUGACAACAAGUGGAAGUUCAUCCCCAGUGUCCCUUAUCCUAUCGCCAAGAAGAUUCUUGCCCGUCUCAAUGCGCUUGACUACAUCUUCAUGGAGCUCACGACUCCUAUCUCUCGGACGAUGCUUGUCCGACAAAGCAACCUUGGUGACACUUUCGAUAUCAACGUCAUGAACGCGUUCAUUUCCGCUUCAGCUUCCGACGACCUCACCCACGAAGACCUCAAAACGACCGGCUACGUCACCAUCGACGACUUUGGUAUGGACGGCGACGAUACUCCUCACAAGCCUUAUCCGAUCUACUACUUGCCGAAUGCUAUUGCAACUGAGGACAACUACCCCGCCGACGGCUCUGAGCCAGACUCUGUCGACGUGAUCUUCUUGGACUUCAUGAAGCCUUUCAUUCUCAACGCACUUCUCGAAAUCGAUCCCAGUACUCCCACCGAGGAGUGGUCGGUUUUGGAGUACGGUGGAAAGAGCGUCAAGGAGAUGAUCAAGGAUUACGUUCGUGGCUGGGGCACUGACUGCCUCAACCAGUAGCAUGUUGGUCUCCCGUUUGUUUAUUACAUAUUGUUUUUUCAUCACUUGUUUUUUUCAUCAUUCAUAUCGGUACUGUGGGGUUCUUAGACUUUUUCAUCUGUUUAUUCACAUCUUUUUCCUCAUUUGAGGUCUUCGUUAGUUUUUUGCACCCUUUUUCUUUCUUAAUGAAUUUUUUUUUGUCCCUUUUUUGAUGCGUGGUUGUGUGAAUGUGGUGUUUCUCUUUGAUUUGUGCUGUCUUACGAUUCUAUGUUUUCAGCGUCUUUGAUUUUGUCUUUUUGUGAUUUCUCUUUUCUUUCAUUCAAGUGUUGCGGAAUGGUAUACAUUAGUGUAGUGGAUUAUGGCGAGCUCUUAGAUUGCUAUUGAUCAUUUAAUGGAAACGAUACAAUACAGAAAGCCUAUCUACUUGAUAGCCCAUUCUUCUUACAAACGUC